AUGUUCAUAUCGCCAACGGUCAUCCAUUUUCAGGGCGACGGCACGGUCAAUGGCAGGAGGGAUAUUUACUUGAGUGCGAUCAUACAAAAGCGAUUAAGAAAGCUCUUCGACGAUUUACGGCAGAAAGACACGCUAUUGUCGCGGCGACAGUUCGAGAGAUUCCUCAUUGACGACCAGGGGGAAACAGAGCCCAAGCUGGAGAGGGAAACCUACACUUUUGAACAUUUCCUAGAAGUAUGGUGGCUACAGUUCGGACUCAAUGCAUUGAAGCCAGUGGAUGCCAGCAAAAAGGAUCUGUCAAAGCCACUGACCAACUACUUUAUCAGCAGUAGUCACAACACAUACUUGACAGGCAACCAGUUGAAAUCACGAAGCAGUGCAGACGAGUACAAGAAAGUACUGCGGAGAGGCUGUCGUUGCAUUGAAAUCGACGUUUGGGAUGGCGACUCUCCCAGUUCAAGUCCUGAUAGGUCUUUGAAGGCACCCACCAAGCCUGAUCAUGCGCGUCACUUGUCAGGAAGUAGUAUGCACAGCGCUGCUGCCACGUUCGUCGAAACGGUCGAAGAGAAAAUCGAACAAGCGAAACAAAUGUUGACGGGCGGCGAGAAGGCUCAAGCUAGGAGCCCGAAUUUGGCCCAGCGAGAGCUCGCAGAUCACGCACGGCUCACCGACAAAGCUUCAGAUCACAAUGCGCGAUCAAGAUCGCGGCAAUCCUUCCGCAGGGAGGAGCCGAUCGUCAUGCACGGAUUUACGCUCACAGCACCUGUUGGUUUUCGAGAUGUGUGUCGUGCCGUAAGUGAAAGCGCUUUCGAGACCAGCAAUUUACCCAUCAUUGUCAGUCUCGAGGUCCAUUGCAGUUUCGAGCAGCAAGAACUCAUGGUGGAUAUCAUGAAGGAAGAAUGGGCUGGAUUGCUUGUGGAAAGUCCCCAUGAGGGUUGCCCGAAAGCCAGAACGCCCAGGCUGGAGGAGCUACUCAAUAAGAUCCUCGUCAAGGUCAAGAGAGCGUCGACUCCGGAAACGUCAACCGUUGGGUCUGUUCUUAUACCAUCAACCACCUUGGAGGAUGAUGCGGAUUCUGACGAUGAACGCAUGACACCAAAAAAGCCCAAAGUUCCUAUCUGUGAAAGUCUCAGCUCGUUGGGGGUCUACACCCACAGUGAGCAUUUCAAGGCGUUUGAGGGCCAAUCAGCCAAGGUUCCAUCCCACAUUUUCUCCAUCAACGAGAAUAGGAUUCUUGAUCUAUAUACAACGAAGCAAAAAGAGAUGCUCCUCCAUAAUCGUCACUACUUCAUGCGUGCUUUUCCCAAAGGCAUGCGAUACGACUCCUCAAACAUGGAUCCUUCACUUUUCUGGCGCAAAGGUGUGCAGAUGGUAGCCAUGAACUGGCAAUCAUGGGACGAAGGCAUGAUGCUCAAUGAAGGCAUGUUUGCUGGAGAGCAAGGCUGGGUGCUCAAGCCUUCGGGCUAUCUCAGUGACGAUAACUCUACAUCUUUCGCCGAUAUUCCAAAUCAUACCCUCAACCUACGUAUCGCCGUACUAGCCGGGCAGCACAUUCCAUUGCCACUUGAAGGCGCCAGCAGUGAAACCGGCAACACGAGGUCAUUUCGACCCUUCGUCAAAUGUGAACUGCACAUCGAAAAACAGGAAGACCGGCCUGGCGUCGAAGGACUCACCCGCGUGGUCAAGAGGAAGCAAGAAACUACCCCCGGAAAGAGUGAUCAUCCCGACUUCGGAACUAGCAAGAACAUGUUCGAGUUUCUCAACGUUCCGAAUGUAGUGGAUCAGCUCAGCUUUGUAAGAUUCAAGAUUGAGGAUAAUGCGUCGGGCCUCAUUGCUAACCCGUGUGCCGCUUGGGCAUGCAUACGUCUUGACCGUCUUCAGCCAGGGUAUCGUUUUAUACACCUCAUGAGCCCUAAAGGCAUCGAGACCCCUGGUGUACUUCUUGUUCAUAUUACGAAGAACUUGCGGUGA